AUGGCGGCAAAAAAGCACGUAUCGAAACCAAGGAAACAGCGAGACCGGAAUCUUGCUCGCAACCAGAACCGAGAUAGCAAAAGCGACGACACAGCAAAUGCCGAGGAGAUUCUUCCUGAGCACAUCCAGGAGAAGAAGGAGCGCAAGGCCCGCAUGCGCGAGGAGCUGAAAAACCAGGGCGUCAAAGUCAGCGGCAAAAAGUCAAAGCGUCUCGACAAGUACAUCGAGAACAAGCUCAAGAAGGACGAAAACAGAGAACUCCUCGCCAAGCUCGCUGAGACAAAGGUAGACACCAGCCUUUUCGCGAGCAGUCGCUCACUCGGCCACAAUCGCGAGACCACCCGCGAGGCCCUGGCAAGAGCCCUGAGGGAGAGCCAGGCCGGGAUCAACAAGGACGCCAACGAGAAGCUACUGUAUCAGGCACGCCGGGCUGCGGCAGAGGAGAGCGACGAUGAGAGUGAUGCAGCCCAGGAUGAGCCUCCAGUGAGGACCGCGGCACCCAACCCACCACCGCCGCCACAGACAGCAUCGCCUGCGGCUGCACCUGCGCCUGUGCCUCCUACGAGUGGCGUGGGUUCCGGCCUCAAGCGACCGCUGGACCUUGGUGAAGAUGGACGCCCCAAGCUGGCGAAGCGGCAAAAGAGGGGUGGCGUCAAGUCCAAAGUAGCCAUUCCCCAGCCUGUUGAACCAGAACCGGUCGAAGAGGAGUCCGAGGACGAUGACGAUGCUUGGAACGGAUUCAGCUCCGACGAUGGGGCAGGAGAGUCAGCCAGUGGCAGUGGCAGUGGCAGUGGCAGUGAUGAAUCAGAGCAAGAGGCUUCCGAUGAAGAAUCGAAAUCCGGAUCAGAAGGGUCGGAAUCUGAGGGUGGCAGCGAAGACAGCAGCGAUGAAGGGUCCAACGAUGAUUCAGACGAUUCAGAAGAAGAUGAAGAGGAGCAGCAAUCCAAACGGAAGCAACGCUCCUCCGCUUUCAAGCAGUGGGCUCACCAACAGCGGAAUGAGGCCAUGGGGUACACACCUGUGGCCCAAGUACUUGACAUGCCAAAACCCGCCAAUUUCACUCCCCGCCCGCUCGAGGAAGACCCAUUGCCCCGCGAGCUGCUGCCAACAAAGAAUGUGGACCGAAAGGCCUACAGCGUUACGGUAUCACGCUCUCCUGACAUCCAGGAGGCUCGGCUAAAGCUUCCUGUGGUUGGCGAGGAGCAGCGGAUCAUGGAGGCAAUUCACGACAAUGACAUCGUCGUCCUGUGCGGUUCAACAGGAUCCGGAAAGACCACUCAGGUCCCUCAAUUUCUCUUCGAAGCGGGAUACGGAUCUCGCGACGGCCCGACUCCUGGCUUGAUCGGUGUCACACAGCCCAGGAGGGUUGCAGCUGUCAGUAUGUCAAAACGUGUGGGUCAGGAGCUUGGGGACCACUGCGAUAAGGUGGCAUACCAGAUCCGUUUCGAAGGCACGGUGGACCCAAAUACGGCUGUCAAAUUCAUGACCGAUGGUGUGUUACUCCGAGAAGUGGCUCAGGAUAUUUCACUCAAGAAAUACUCCGCCAUCAUCGUGGAUGAGGCUCACGAGCGAAGCGUCAACACUGAUAUCCUCGUGGGUAUGCUCAGCAGGGUGGUUAAGCUGCGCAAGGAGCUUUCCCAGGAGGACCCCACUAUCAAGCCGUUGAAACUGGUCAUUAUGUCCGCUACACUGCGCAUAGAAGAUAUGACCCAGAAUCCAACCUUGUUCAAAACCCCUCCUCCUGUGUUGGAGGUGGAAGGCAGGCAGUACCCCGUCACCGUUCAUUUCUCCCGGAGGACUCAGCACGACUACGUUGAAGAGGCUUUCAAAAAGAUAAGCAGAGGCCACAGGAAGCUUCCGCCCGGUGGCAUCCUUGUGUUCAUGACUGGUCAAAAUGAGAUCACAGAACUCAUGAAGAAACUGAAGAAAACUUUUACUGGUAUGGACUCGGCAACCGGGCCGAAAGUAAGAUUGCCAGCAAAUGUGGCAUCGAUCGAGGCGGAGGACAUAGACUUCGGGGUUGAUGACGACCGCGAGGUUGAGGACUACGACGAUGGCCUGGUCUCUGGCGACGAGGAAGAAGACGACGAGGCCGAGUUUGAGAUCCCUGAGGAAGAGGGCGAAACGGGAUCUGGCCCGAAGCGCAUGCAUGUCUUGCCUCUUUACUCACUCCUGCCUACAAAAGAGCAAAUGCGCGUUUUUGAGCCGCCGCCAGAUGGCUCCCGCCUGGUCAUCUUGGCCACCAACGUCGCCGAGACCAGUUUGACCAUCCCAGGCAUACGAUAUGUCUUCGAUUGCGGGCGAUCGAAGGAGAGAAAGUACGAUCACCUGACUGGUGUCCAAAGCUUUGAGGUUGGUUGGAUUAGCAAGGCCAGCGCUAGCCAGAGAUCUGGACGUGCAGGUCGUACAGGGCCUGGCCACUGCUACAGGUUAUACUCCUCUGCGGUGUACGAGAGGGACUUCCAAGAAUUCGCCGAACCAGAACUGUUGCGAAUGCCCAUUGAGGGUGUGGUUCUCCAGCUCAAAGCCAUGAACCUACAGAAUGUCAUCAACUUCCCGUUCCCAACGCCCCCGGACAAGCAAAGCCUCCGCCAGGCAGAGAGGCUAUUGCAUUAUCUGUCCGCCAUCAACAGCAGCGGGCAGGUGACCCAGAUCGGAAGAACCAUGUCGAUUUUCCCGCUGUCGCCCCGUUUCUCUCGCAUCCUCUUAGUCGGCCACCAAUUCGACUGCAUUCAUUACACCAUUGCCCUGGUCGCCGGCCUCUCGGCUGCAGAAAUAUUCCUGCAAGAAUCACACGCAAUCCCACAACUCGCCAACAAGGAGGACGGCGAGGACAGCAUCCGCACAAACGCGGACGUGCUCGCGGAGACCCGACAAGCCAAUGCCCGGCGCGCGUUCAACGCCGUGCACAAGAACUUCUGCUUCCUCGACGACAAGGCAGAUGCCAUCAAGCUGCUGCAAGUCGUGGGGGAGUUCGCGCACGAGCCCACCGAGGCGUGGUGCGAGGCGCACUUCGUCCGGUACAAGACGCUGAAGGAGAUACUCCAGCUCCGGCAGCAGAUCACGGAGCUCCUGCGGACCAACAUCGCGACGUUCGCGGGCCUCUCGUUCCAGGCCAAGCUCCCCGCGCCGUCCGCGAAGCAGAUCACCGCCCUGAAGCAGAUGGUCGCCGCCGGCUUCAUCGACCAGGUCGCCAUCAGGAACGACAAGGCGCCCACGCCGCUGGACAUGGGGCGGAAGCCCAGGCGGGCCAUCGACGUGGCGUACCUGCCCCUGACGCCGCUGGCGGUGCCGGCCGCCGCCGAGCCCGGCGAGAGGGCCGUCUACCUGCACCCGUCGUCCCCGAUGGCGCACCUCAGCCCGGACGAGUGCCCGGACUACGUCAUCUACUCGCACCUGCAGAAGGCGUCCGGCGGCCGCACGAGGAUGCACACCCUGACCGAGGUGACGGGCAGGCAGCUCGCGUCGCUGGCCAAGGGCACGCCGCUGAUCUCGUACGGGAAGCCGAUCAAGGAGGUCAAGCUGGAGAACACGGAGGGCGGGAAGCUGCGGGAGGUGUGGGUCGUGCCCUCGCUGAAUGCGGAGGGCAAGGGCGGCCUGGGGUGGCCUCUUCCUGCGAAGAAGGUCACGCAGCGCAGGGUUGCGGGCAACUGGGUCGUGGAGUAG